CCAGAAGUUGACGCAUGUAACACAGAAGAUUUGGUCAGAUGACAGUCUGUCUCAUCUGAAAUUUGACGUUUUAUAGGUUUUUCUGUGGAGCGAAGGAAUUGCUUACAUUGUACCGAGGGUAGAUGGUCAAUUUAAGAUAUUUGUCAGUGUGUGGGGUGUGGUGUGCUGGCAUCUGAAUCUACAAUGCACAUUGAGGAACGUAUCGUCUCUGCACCUGGAAAAGCCAUUCUGCACGGAGAGCAUGCUGUGGUCCACGGGAAAGUGGCAUUGGCUGUAAGCUUGAAUCUGCGCACGUAUCUGCGUCUGAAGCCUAGCCCCACUGGGAAAGUGUCCCUCAAUCUACCAAACAUCAAUACAUUCUUGUCCUGGGAUGUGACCUCGCUGCAGUCGCUGCUGCCUGACCAUGCAGAUGACCUGAAGAAUGCGAAGGAGCUGGAUAUGGACCUUGUAGCCAGACUGAGAGGCUUUAUUGGAGUGACAGAUGGAAUGGCAGAUACUAGCACAAUGGCAGUUCUUGCCUUCCUUUACAUCUACCUGAAUGUUUUUGCUGAGUCCAGAUUGCUGCCCAGUCUGACUGUGUCUGUGUGGUCGGAGUUGCCCACCGGUGCGGGCCUGGGAUCCAGUGCUGCCUUCUCCGUGUGCCUUGCCUCAGCCCUGCUGUCUGCCAGGGGGGGCAUUACCUCCCCAGUGGUUGAACCAGAACCCACAGCCCGGUGGAGUGAAGAGGAGAUGGAGCUGAUCAAUGCAUGGGCCUUCCUGGGAGAGAAGAUCAUUCAUGGGAACCCCUCAGGGGUGGAUAAUGCUGUGGGCACCUGGGGUGGCAUAUUAAGAUACCAUGCUGGGAAGAUUACACCGCUGAGCAGGGUCCCCAUGUUGAGAAUCCUCCUCACAAACACCAAAGUUCCGCGCAGCACCAAGGUACUCGUUGCCGGAGUGAAGGACAAAAUUAACAAGUUUCCCUCCAUAAUGACUCCAGUACUGGAGUCUAUAGAUGCAGUCUCCUGUACCUGUGAGCGAACUCUUAUGGAAAUGACUGGCGAGCCCACCCCAGAGCACUACAGCGUGUUGGAGGAGCUGAUAGACAUUAACCAGCACCACCUGAACGUGAUUGGCGUGGGGCACUCGUCCCUGGACACGCUUUGCCGGGUGACGCUGGAGCGGGGGCUGCACAGCAAGCUGACGGGCGCCGGGGGAGGGGGCUGCGGCAUCACUCUGCUCAGACCAGACACUGACUGCUCAGUGAUCCAAAAUGCUAUCCAGGAACUAAAAGACUGUGGCUAUGACUGCUGGGAAACGAGCAUCGGCGCACCUGGUGUGCAACAGCAUUCACUGUCCACUGUGAAAGAUGACGUUCUAAAGGUUUUAAACAGUUACUGAGGUGGCAGUUAGCAGCUGAAAGCAUGUUUUUCAUAACCCUGCCCAGAGCUACAUCCAGACACUUUCAUUCCUCCUGACAGACUGUCAGAGGUGGUUUAUGACUGGACUCCCGUGCACUGUUUCCGAAUGGAAGUUCUGAGACUGAUGGUCCUUGCUGAAACUGUUGGCAGCUAACUAACCUUUGUGACUUGCAAUUCAUCAGUCAGUGCAGUCAUGCAGUUAGAACACAGAAACCUCCCAGCUAGUUAGUCACUUGUGUUAAUCUCAGUGGGUGAUAUAACCUGAGUUUACUGCAUAGCGUCAGGAUUUUCACAUUUUACUUGAAUGUUUACUUAAAGUGCAGGCUAGGUCAGUAAACAAAAACACAAGGAAGGAAUCAUGGUCUUAUUACAUUUCGAACCCGUAUAAUUACUGUCAGACAUUACGUCCUCGAUUAAAAUUGUACAUGCCAUAAACAAGCCUGUUUUGUAAUGCAGUACAAUAGAUGCUAGCUGCAGAGGGCAGAUCUGUCCUAAAGCAGACUCAUCCAAAGGGUCCCAUCCUUGGAUCACAGAUGUCACAUAUACUCCUGUUCUGCCUUAUACAAAUUCAGCAAAGGUUAGGUUUGGAGUUAUUUUUAAGUGGUUAGGGUAAGGUUAGAAUGACCUGUAAACAAGAACACUUUGCAAUAAACUGCUUGUCUAC